AUGAGCUUGAACUGCUUCAGCGGCCGUGCCAGUGUCGAGGCCGACACGGAGCUCGAAGAGGCGUCCAAGCAGGCGGAGCGCGUCUACAAGCGCAUCCAGAGGUCGGACAACCGGCGCGAGCGCGUGCUUCGGGCUAUCCGCGACACGCACGGUGACAAGACGCACGAGAUGGAGUCGCAUCUGCAGUGGCUGCUGCAGCAGAAGAUGCGACUGGAGCGAGACCUUGACGUCGUGAGCAAGCAGCUGGAGGAGAAGAAGAGGGGACUGGAGGAGAGAGUGGAGGCCUGA